UACAAAGUCCUGUGUGAGUGUCUUGAUUGAAUUAGCGCCCAAACGUGUUGUUUUAACGCCGAUUUUACGUGACGGCGGGGAGUCGCCUGGCGAUGAUGUCACGACGUAUAACACUGACAGCGGUGACGCCUGAUGAUCAUUAAAAACUGCCAUUAAAAUGAGCGCAGAUGAUUAUUGUGUUUACUGAGAGACCCAUAAAACACCAGCGCAGCGUGCCCGGCCAAAUAAUAGAGUAACAGAGACAUCAGAGCGAGAAACAUCCGAUCGGCGUGGCAUCUGUCCGGUCCAUCCAGGGUUUUCCCCCCUCUACGUGCGGCGGGUCUCGGUCCGUCUCGCCUCCGCUCUUCCUGCUGCUGAACCGGAGGAGACUCGCACCCACAGCCGCGAUUUGACACUGAACACCGCGGCCGGAUGUUGAAAUGCUCAAGUCUAGGAAUGGGACUAACGUUUAACAUGUAAAUUCAGCCUCCUGAAGGUUCCGGCCAGUUUAUAUUUUCUUUUUCACAUUUACAAGCACAAUGUCGAGCAGAAGGAAGUCCACGACCCCCUGCAUGGUGCUUCCGUCAGAUGUCGUAGAGCAAGAUCCUGAUAUGGAGGCCCUGGAAGGGAAUGAAGGAGCCGAGAGUAUGGCAGACGGUCCUACAGAGGGAGCAGUGGUUCCCAUGGAAACAGAGACAGAAUAUGAGGGGAUCCAUUUCUCGAGUGAGGACUGUCGUUCUUCAGGUAAACGCUCAGGUCAAACAUCACUAGAGCAGCCCAUCUCUGAUCUGACCGCUGAGGGUGGUUUUGUCCAGACGGAGAUGGAGGAUAGUGAUGACCCCUCAGUUACUGGAAUCCCUCUCAGCAAGACUCCUAUAAUGAAAAUGAAAACCAAGUCUGAACCCAAGAGAAUAGCCGUGUCUCUAAAAGGCACGAGUGAAAGCGAGGCAGUAACUGAAAGUGAGAUGGAACUGGAGCCGCUGGAAGCAUCAGUGAUGAGCACUUCCAUGGCACCAGAACUCAUGAGCCCAUUACUCACCGAGUCUGUAAAGCCCAGCGUUCUUGUCAAUAUUUCAAACCCUGUGGUAGCAGAUCAGAAGAAGCUGGUUAUGAACCCUGCAACGGUUCUUCCAGCAGGUUUGGCCCAGGUGCUUUCUGCCUUGCAGGCCCAGCAGAGCGCUCAAACUCAACUUCUAAUACCAGUAAGUAGUAUUCCCACGUAUAAUGCUGCGAUGGACUCCAAUGCAGUCCUGGUCAACACCUACAAGAAGUUCCCCUACCCAUCGGUGUCUGAAAUCAUGGGACUUGCAGCCCAGACCAAAUUCACUGAGGAGCAAAUAAAGAUCUGGUUUUCAGCUCAGCGUUUGAAGCAUGGUGUCAGCUGGACUCCGGAAGAAGUUGAAGAAGCUAGGAGAAAGCAAUUCAAUGGCACAGUGCACACAGUUCCCCAAACCAUCACAGUCAUCCCAGCCCAUCACCUUUCUGCCACUAAUGGGCUGCAGUCUAUUCUUCAGACUUGCCAGAUUGUGGGGCAACCGGGACUUGUUCUGACACAGGUUGGCACAGCCAACAGCCUCCCAGUGACCACCCCAAUAACCCUCACGGUAGCAGGAAUGCCCAAUCAAAGCCAGACGCCCAAGAUCACAACUAAUCAAACGAGCCCUGCGCUCAGUGAAACUAAAAGAGCUACUACCGUUCAACCCCCAUCACUGACUCCUCAGGAGAACUCUGCACUCAGUGCAGAUCACUUUGGCCUGCGGCCUAAGAAAUCUAAGGAACAGCUGGCUGAGUUGAAAGCGAGCUAUCUGAAGAAUCAGUUUGCUAGUGAUGCAGAGAUUGCUAGGCUAAUGAAGUUGACCAAUCUCACCAAAGGUGAGAUCAAAAAGUGGUUUAGCGACACCCGAUACAACCAGCGUAAUUCUAAGAACAGCCACGCCUUCAUCGCAAAUGACAAUCCUAGGGGGAACAGCAGUGCCACAAUUGUUAUCGAUUCCAGCGAUGAAACGCCACAGUCUCCAACGCCAUCACCCGUCAAAGAAAAGGAGACACGCGCCAAGACCUGGAACCCCUUCCCGGACUUUACCCUGCAGAAGUUUAAAGAAAAGACCCCGGAGCAGUUGGUGGUCCUAGAGGAAAGCUUUCAGAAAUGUGACACACCAACCGAUGAAGAGCUCAGCCGGCUGAGAGCCGAGACGAAACUUACCAGACGUGAGAUUGAUGCAUGGUUCACAGAAAAGAGAAAAACCCCUGUGCCCGAUUCCUCAGAAUCGAAAGCAGAUGGCGAAACAUCCCAGAAGAAAGGGAGCCAAACUCCACCCGGAGGAAAGAGGCUGAGCAAAGAAAAGGUUACCAAGAAAACUCCAGAGCAGCUUCAUGUUUUGAAGACUGCGUUCGUUCGCACUCAGUGGCCCUCGGCCGAGGAAUACGACCAGCUGGCUGAGGAAAGCGGACUGCCUCGUUCCUACAUCGUCAACUGGUUUGGCGACACACGCUAUGCCUGGAAGAACGGCAACUUGAAGUGGUAUUUUUACUAUCAGAGUGGAAACGUGGGAGGAACGAAUGGCAAUAAGAAUAGAAAGCGGAGGAUUCGCAAUCGCGGGUGGGGAAGAACCCGUAGUAGGAAAGCAAAGAAGCACACAGAGUCUGAGAAGAAUGUACCCAUCAGGUUCAAGUCUGGACGGGAUAUUCUAAAGGAGUACUACUUGAAGCACAAGUUUCUGAACGAACAGGACUUGGAUGAGCUUGUCGCCAAGUCUAACAUGAGCUAUGAGCAGGUGAGAGAGUGGUUUGCGGAGAUCCAUCGGAAGGAGGAAAUGGGUAGCAACCCGUUUGAAGAUAAAGCGGGGAAUGAAGACCAAGAUGAGGAAGAGGACGAGUCACAGGGUGAAAACGAGACGGCGGUUGAGGAGCAAGGACCUGCUUUGGGAGAUGAGGAUGGUGAUGAGGAUGAGGACGACACUGAUGACAGCGACGCUUGGGAGCCUCCGCAGAGCGUCCGUAAAACAUUGUCCAUAUCCGAGGGUCAGUGAUCUUCCCAAAUUGGCUUUAUUCUGAGCAAUGGCUCUUGGUGGAAAACCAUGACUGUGUUGGGUCUCGACCACAUGCCCUCUACCACUGCACCAAUUCUGCUUAUAUUCUACGUAGUUUCAUGUACGGUUUGACAAGAUCUUUCUAGCAUAAACAUUGAGGAAAACUUGAGAAAUCAUGCAGAUCCCUUGAAUAAUGUUAACAAUGCAUACAAUCUGAACUUGUGUCUAUCAGAAUUGAUCAUGCACCUUAAACCCUUGUACAUGCAAAGACAUCCUAGGGUCUUUUAAAUGGGCUUUUUUUUAUUUGGAGUCAAAUGGAGAACACUUAGUGCCAAAGGUAUAGUAUUGAAUGUUACGGUUCCCUUAAUAAUGGACACGAUAGCUAAUUAAGGGAAUAUGCAUGAAUACAUUGUGUCAAUUGGACGCAUGAGGCACUUUGUCAACCACCGUGAUGUACGGAACUUAAAAAAUGCAACCAGCCACCUUAUUUGUGUAGGGCGAGACCAAACUUUUCAAAACGAGUUUCCAAAUUCAGUGACACGAAAGUGUUUUAUCUCUCAUUCCCAGUGUUUUAUUGUCUGACCAUGCAUAUCUGAUAUACAGCACAGUACAUCCCAACAGGAAGUUGUAGGUGUUCCUGCAGUCCUGCUGACUGCCAUAAUGAGGGUCACCUUCAAACAAAAACAGCUCAUACUCAUUUUGGGGAUUCUUUGGUUAUUUUGUGGAAAUGUCAGUGGUUGUAAUUAACAGGUGAUGUGACUAUUUUGCAGUUUUUCAACUGGACAGUUUUCAAGUAUUUUCUAAAAUUCAGUGGGAACAUGGGGAAUUUCUGUUUUUUGGUUGUUUGCUCUUUGUUCAUUUUUGAAGUGAGAAUCACAUUUCUCCUCUACAUACCGUUCUUAAGCCUGCAGGCACAUUUUAACUGAUCAUGUUAAGGAAACAUAAUGCAUAUUUGCCCUAAUCAUGAAGUGUUAUGUUUUCAAUCUCUUUGACUGCUGCAGAAUUUCUUUCUCUUUUGAGGAAUAUGUGUUUCUGGUUUCCAUUACUACCAUGCUUUUAUAGGACUAAAUGAAACAUGAACUAUUGAUGAAUAAUUACAGUGUGGGUGUAAUUUGAGGUUGUCUUUUUAUAAUAUUUGUGCAUGAAAACAGCACUAUAACUGGUACUUUUAAAAUCGCCCCUGCGUAAGACAUUCACCAUUUUCAUUAUAUCAGCAUGUAUCUGACAUUUAGUCGAACGAUGGAAGAAAAAAAGUGUUCGGUUUGUACAUAUAUCUUUAUGCUCAACCAGUAGUUUAAAUCCUUUUAUAAGUUUGUAUUUAUAGUGAUGUUAAAUUUCACCUCUACACGAGUGGGUUGCUUGUAUGGCGAUCAUUCAAAUAAUUCUUGUGUUAUCUGAGACCGAUAUUUUACAGAUUUUUAAAAGCUCUGUGUUGUAUUUUUGUUUUUAUGUCUUGAAUUUCUUACUUUUUUUUUUUUUUGGUGAAAAUUCAUUUGACUUGCUUGCAACCCUCUGCAUUUCUCCUGUGAAUACUGUAGUGUAUUAUAGGCAAGAGGUCAAAGGUGCCUCUGUGAACAUGGUAAGUACUGUUUGAACAAGAUAGCACAUUUAAACUUAGCAAAAUGUGUCCUCUCCACUGUUAACAACUGAUCCUUUCAUGUUUUUAGAGUUUGAGAGCCUUACUGGGAUCUUGCUUCGAAUGCAUUUUAGUUUAGAAUCAAACCACAGUUAUAUGUCGUGCUUCCUUCAGCUGUCACUAAUAGCGUUUAACCUACAGUGUUUCUAAAAUGGUCAGAUUUGGCUUAGACUGUCUGUUUCUAGGCUCUGAAGAACACAGAUUUUUACAUGCACCGAUAAUAAUACAGAUCUGGAACCAUCAUGGAUUGUGUUUUGAAACUCAUGACGAGCCUUAAAAUCUGUAGAUGCCGCUGUGGUGGCGAAAGCUUUAUUUCCCAGAGCCAUAGGCCUUGUGCAAUGCUUUUAAUUUAAUUGAACUGUUUUAAUAGGCUUUUGCUUGAUUUAGACUAAAUAUAUAUAUUUUCUACUUGUUUGAGGACAACACAAUAAAUUUGGAUGAAAAAUA